AUGGAGCAUGUCCGCGUCCUCGCCGACGAUUUGCGCUCGGUCAAUGAGCAUCGCAGGAUGCAGUCAGAUGUCAGCCGUGCUCGGCUCUUCAAAGCCCAUUGCCUCUGCCGCCUUCGCGAAAUAGUCGAAAGCUCUGCGAUUCACUGCGGAGACUUCUUAGAGGUGCUCCACCGAGCAGAACGUGCUCUAAUUGCAGAUGCCUCCUGCGGGUCAACGCUCACUCACCAGAUAGAUCAGGCCUUGGAGCGCUUCUGUACUGAUCUUCGGAGGCUUGAGGAAGAAGCUCUCGAGCGGGAUCGCCGAAGGAUGGCUGAUUUGCCCUUCCAGAACAUAGUUGGCGCAAAAGCUUCUCCUCACAGAAAACUGAUUACCGUCCGCAUCCGGACCUUCAGCGGGGCAGAGUUUCAAGUCAGAUGUGGCUUGGACGAGAACCUGCUCUGCCUCAAAGAAUACAUCCAUGCAAGCGGUGGCCCACGAGCGCGGGACCAGCAACUGGUGUGGUCGCGUAGCGAACUUGCAUGGAUUCAAAGCUUGGAAACGCGUGCAAGUGAUUCCUUCUCCUUGUUCUACCUGGGUAUCACAGAUGGGGAUUCUGCGACCUUGUACUACGUGCGUUUCUGUCAUCAAUGCAGAGGCGCUUGCCGAUGCGUAGAAUGUCACGGUCGUGGAUCGCGUAGCGCCUGUAGCGCUUGUGGACAAGUUCGCGCCAGCUGUCUGCAGUGUGCGGGGCCGUGCGUCUGUCCGAACUGUCACGGGCAGGCGAGCUUGUGCGGCGGGAUGUGCCAAGUGUGCGGAGAAUCGAGUGUGGCAUGUGAUUCGUAG